GGAUUAUGUUGGCAACUGGUCAUACCUGGAAGCAGCAAAGAAGAUUUGCACUGAGGACUCUACGUGACCUUGGUCUGGGGAAAAGAGGUCUGGAGCAUCGAGUUCAAGAAGAGGCCCACUACCUUGUAGCCUUUUUUGCAAGUAUGAAAGGGAAACCUCUGGAUCCUUCUUUCCCUCUUGUUCUUUCUGUUUCAAAUGUAAUUUGUGCUGUUGUUUUUGGACGUCGCUUCUCCAGAGAGGAUGAAACCUUCCGUGAACUGAUUAGAGCCACAGAGCACUUGUUCAAAUUUGGAGGCAGCUUUAUUCAUCAUCUGUAUGAAAUCUUCCCCUGGCUGAUGUGCCACCUCCCUGGUCCUCAUAAGAAGGCGUUGUCUUGCUAUGAUGUCCUGAGCUCUUUUACAAGGAGAGAGAUUAGAAUGCACAUGGAACGUGGUACACCAGAUGAACUGCAGGAUUUCAUUGACUUUUACUUGGCUCACAUUGAGAAAACCAAAGAUGAACCCAGGUCUACAUACAAUGAAGACAACAUGGUUUAUUCUAUAAAUGACCUUUUCUUGGGUGGAUCAGAGACAACAAGCACUACUUUGAACUGGGGCCUUCUCUAUAUGGUGGCAAAUCCAGACAUCCAAGAGAAAGUGCAGAAGGAGCUUGAUGCCGUUCUGGGUCCUUCCCAGUUAAUCUGCUACAAGGAUCGUAGAGAACUGCCCUACACCAAUGCUGUGGUUCAUGAAGUUCAGCGCUUCAGCAACAUUAUCUCAGUUGGCAUGCCCAGAGUAUGUGUGAGGAACACUAUGUUGCUCGGCUUUCCCCUCAAAAAGGGCACCAUAGUUCUUCCAAAUAUUGCUUCAUCUUUGUACGACCCAGAGCACUGGGAAACACCUCGACAGUUCAACCCCAGUCACUUCUUGGAUAAGGAUGGAAACUUUGUGAGCCAAGAAGCCUUUUUGCCAUUCUCAAUAGGGCACCGUGUGUGUUUGGGGGAGCAUCUGGCAAGAACUGAGCUCUUUAUUUUCUUUGCCAACCUCCUGCGGGCAUUCACCUUCCAGCUCCCUGAAGGGGUGAUGAAGAUCAGCACAGAGCCCAUUCUGGGGGGUACGCUGCAGCCUCACCCCUACAGGAUUUGUGCCAUUCCACGCUAG